UCGCUUUUAAUUUAUUUCUAACUGACUGCGGUUCGCUUCAACACACGCUGACGCAGAGAGUGCGGUACAAAAGUAGAUAAAGGUUUGCAUGUCCCUUUUUUUUUCAAUAUUAAUAUUGAAUAAAAUCCACCUGCUAGUUUAGAUUUACUUAAGACAUUGCUCGCGUUUAUUAUCUCUGUACGUCUAUCUCUCUGUCUCAGUUCGUUUCAGUCGCGUUCAUUUCUCCCGCAUAAGAAAAUUCAAUUUAUUAUCAUUAAGUUUGUUAUCCAGUUCGAGCGAAGUGACGAGACGCGAGCACAAACGAAAUAAUUCUCAAUUCGUAACGCAACGGAGGAGAGAAAUUAAAGAAACGAACAAAACUUUAUUAAUAUUAUCUGCAUGGGGAAGAAGUUCGGAGUUUUGGUGACUGGACUGGAUGCAUCUUGAUGCCGCACGUCCUCCUACUUUGUAUUAUAAUGUAAAUUCUUCAGGAGAUUUAAGCGACGACAGUGAUUUAAAUGUGAAAUGCAAGUUAAUCUUCUCAGUGUUCCACCAGAAUUUGUGUGUUGAAAAUGUACGUGCAAGACGAAAAAAAUAAGCAUAAUGAUUUUUUAGAAUAUGAUUGUGUGUGUGUCCUGUGCAUAUCUUCUUUAAUUGUUCUCCAAGGUUUAAGCAAUUAAAGGAAUUGACUCUCUGUCUCCGACAAACAUAUCGAAAACAAUAGCGCACCUAAAACUGUAAAAUAUCGUUAAUCUUUCAUAUCCAGGCAAUUAACAAGUAAUUAAUCAAUUGAUUUUGCUUUUCAAGCAAACGAUGAAUCCGAAAUACUUAUUUUUCAUCGUGAACUUUGUGGUUUCGAUGCACGGAAUCAUGGGCGACCGAUGCAGAAACGAACCGUCGUGCAAAGUGCAGAAAGUCCACGGGAUGAAGAGUGCUGAUUGCUACAAAUUGGAUCUGAAGCAUAUACCGAAAUGUCUGACCGAAGACGCGGAGAUCAUCGACCUGAGUUACAAUAGAAUACGUGAAAUUAAAUCUGACGAUUUGCGCAAAUUCAAGUACCUGAAGUUCCUCUACCUCGCCGAAAACAUGAUCACGAACAUCGAGAGCGAAUCUUUAGCGGAUAAAACCAAUCUGCAAGCUUUGGAUCUGUCCUACAAUGCGUUUUCGCAGACGUUGCCCGAAGUCAUCUUCCAUUUGCCGUCACUGAAAAACCUGUACCUCAGCCAGAAUCAAAACAUAAACAUCAUCGACAUAAUACACGCCGCGACUCCAAUAACCAGCCCUCUUGUCUUAUUAGACAUAUCGCAUAACAAGUACUCGGAUAUACAAACCCUUCCCAAUUUAGGAAUUGUCCCGACGUUGCUCGUUUACAAUGUCUCCGGCAUGGACUUCACAAUGACUUUCGCGGAUGUUGCCGGACUUUGUAACUUGCAUUCUUUCGUGCUCGACAAUUCGACGGUGUACUUUGAAGAUCCAUGCGAUUGUUGGACAAUGGGAAAAUGGUUAAAGGAUCGAAACGUCAACUUUAUACCUUUCGAUUGUAAACGGAGCGUCGAGGAUGAGUGUAGUUUUGAAAUACCGCAGAUGGCUGAGGAAGUUUUCAGCGCGUGCAAGCAGCAGCACGCCGAACAGAUCUUCCAAGAGAAGUUGAACACAACACUGAUUGUUGUUGGAUCUAUAUUGUGUAUAGUCUUCUUGAGUCUGUUGAUAAUAAUUUAUCGCAUACGGAAGAAUCGCAUUCGGCGACGAGAGAUCAAGCGAAGAAAUUUCAUCUAAAUUCAGAAAAGCACAAAUUUAGUUUAUAGAAUCGCUUAUACUCUCUCUAUAUAUAUAUUCAUACAUUAAGUCUUCGCUAUAUAGUCUUGAAUAAUCGAAUAAUAUUAUACGAGUGUGCUUGUUUGGAAAGAGCUCUAUUGUGAUCAUAAGUUACAA